UUUGUGACCAGGAAUUCUUACAAAUUUAAAUUGAGUAAUUAGUUUUGCCUUGCCUGGAUUACUAAAACAGCAGUACAGCAGCCAUGUAUAGAAUUACCCGAAUUCAGGCGCAGGCUCGCAACAUGGUAUCCAGUCAGUCGACAGUGAUGCGUUGCAUAACCAACAAAGUGGAAGAUGUCACAACACACACAGGACAAAAAUGGGAUUCAAAAGAUUAUCGUCUGGUUAGAUUUAUGUCUGCUCCAAAACAAGUAAACAAGAACUGGGCAAUCAAUUUAAUUGCUGAAGUUCCCCCUAAGGAAGUUUCUGAAAGAGUUGUUUGGUGUGAUGGCGGUAGUGGCACUGAAGGACAUCCCAGGGUUUAUAUUAAUUUGGAUAAACCUGGAAAUCAUUCAUGUGGCUACUGUGGACUCCGAUUUGUUUUGAAAAAACAUCACUGAAAAUUUAAAAACACUCUAUAGUCUAAUACUUAUAUGGAAUGUUGUUUAUUUUACAAAAUAUAGAAAAUGUUUUAAA